CGGAAGCCGCGUGUGGUGUGUCGUCCAGCUCGGUCCUCGGGUGUUUGUCUGAGAACCGGAGCGAUGCUCGUCGUCUGACCGACAGACUGGACCUGAGACCAGAACCGGACCGGACCGGACCGGACCGGACCGGGACCCUCUGGAUCGAGGACCGGGCUCGUACUGAUGUGUCCGACUCUUAAACCCGACCAGUCCGGAGCCGUUCCCCCUGACGGGGCUCGACGGAGGCAGCAGGUAGACCACACCUGCAGAGGCACGUCAUCAGGUGCUGCAGGGUUCAAAAACAGAAGAAAGAUCCUGAGCACGACGACCACGAUCCCGUGACCCCGAUGGAAAACGUCAUGAGUGAUCACAACCACAACCAUGGUGACCAAGAAAAUCCGGACGGAGUACAUGAAGAAGUUCAGAGACCCCAAGUGGGAGACGUUUUCCAAAUGCUACGAGGACUCGCUGAAGUACCGUCUGAGCCGGCGGGUGAUGGAGCACUCCCACAAGCCCUGGUUCUGGGAGGGCUGUGAGUGCGGCUCCGACGGCUCCAGCGGUCAGUCCACGCCCCGGCUGACCAGGAACAGAGUCGCCCCUCUGUCCCUCCCGCCGCAGAGGCUGUGCCAGCUCAUGACCGGUCCCGGGCCCAAGCCGCCGCCGUCUGAGGAGGCCGAGGUGGGAGCUGGGGAGGCCGCGGUCCAGGUCGCCGCGGUCCAGGACGCCACACCGGCCACAGAAAACGGCGUGGAUGAAGCCAGCAGCGGUCCGGCGGCGGCUCCGGAGGCCGGCGGCCCCUCGGACGACACGGCGACAGACAACGGGCCGGCGGACACGCCGUCUUCUGACGGGGAGCCGGCGACUCCGGUGCCUCCGAAACGCCAUCGUCACCGCCGCCGCACCCCUCGCUCGGAGUUGGGACGCGGGGGCGGUUCCCCGGACGACAAGCCACCGGCCGCCGAGGUCCAAAAACCCCCGCUGCGAGCAAAGAGCCAGCCUCCGAUCGGCACCAAGGAGAAGGAGAACCGGAGACCGUCCGGCCGACUGGACUGGACCGAGAGGCGGGCGGACGUCAGGACGUCGCCCAACGACGGCCACGUGGCCGCCGCCGGCCUCCAGACCCGGCGGGAGUCCGACACGCGGCGGAGCGCCGUCCCGGACCGGCGGCGGGCUCGCUCGGCCGACCUGGAGAAGGCGAGGCGGUCGCAGCUGGCGGUGGCGGUGGCGGUGGCGGUGGCGGACGACCGCUGGAUGACGGAGUACAUGCGCUGCUUCUCCGCCCGGCUGAGGUAGAGAGACGGGAUCGUCGUGGGAGGGCGAGAAGAUCAGACGCCGCCGCCGUCGAGUCUCCUCACUGUUACUGUACCAGAGAAACGUACAGUGGAGACGUGGCCGGAGCUCUUUACGUAGAAUUCAAAUCAAUGGAAUUCAAUCAAACUUCAACAUUGUUCAACACAGCAGCAGAGAAACAUCUGGGGAAACUAGCAAACCUUCAUUACCCAGAAGCCUCAGCAGCUGCUCACCUGCGACAGGUCAUCGAUUGAUCGAUUAGUAAUCGACUGAUAAAUUAGUCGACAAUUAUUUUGAUAAUGGAUUAAUCGGAUCAAGUAGUUUUUAUGAAAAAAAAAGUCAAAAUCCUCUGAUUUCAGCUUCUUAAAUAUGAAUAUUUUCUAGUUUCUUCUCCUCUGUGACAGUGAACCGAAGAUCUUUUUGGACCAAACGUCACAAAAUAAUCGACAGAUUCAUCGGAAACAGCUCUGCUCGGUCCUGAAGCCUUUUUAUGACAAUAUUGAUUCGUCCACAUUCCAUAAAAAUCUGACAAUAACAAAAAUUGGCCAAUAUUUAUUUUUAAAUAUUUAUACCCAAGAUACAGUAUUUUCUCUUUCUCAGCCGGGGGAGAAAUGGGUCGACUCUUCUUCCCUCUCGUGGUGAAGCAUCACCGACGUGAACAGAAACAGAUCGAUGGUUGAAUGUAUUUUCAUUUGACGAGUCUCCGAACUCGCUGCCCGCGUUUGAUUUCAUCCGUCGCUGUUCGAGGGUUUCGAACCAGAAGCAGCACAAAGGACCAAACUGGAAUAUUUUUUCACAUCUGAAUAUUUUGGAAUUAAAAAGACUUUAGAUUAAAAAAGAAAAAUAGAAACAAGAUUUAUCUUAUGAAAAUGAGUAUUUGAUGUAUUUUGAGUGAAAACUACAUUUAAGAUGUUCGCGCUGUUAAACGCUGAAACUUCAGAGUUGAUUUAUUGACACAUUGUUAAAUAAACUUAGUUUAAAAAGCUACAAUUAGAUUUUUGCCAGAGAAAAAGUAGAAUAUUAACGGUAUAUUUAUGAUAGUGGACGUUGUUAGGAAAUGAUCACAUUAAAAUGAAAACAGGUGAAUAACUACUGAAAGUUGGAUUUCCCCACCUGAAGGUUUUGUUUGGUGUUUAGCUUAUUAAAAUCAUCAAUGUGUCGAUUUAUAGAAAACGUUUCUCGGGCAUGAAGAACCUGACAUGAUGCAGUUGAACCGGGUCGUGUGUUUACAGAUGUUUGGUGUUGUGGGUUUUUGAUGAGUUGAUUUUUCGUUUAGGGGAAAACAAUCAGACAAUCAAAGAAAAAGUUAUUGAAUUGAUGUCAAAUCUCAUAUUUAAAUUAAAAAGAAACAUAA